AUGGGAAUCAUGGGCGUCAUGGGCCCGGUAGUGUUGUCUCUCGGGACCCUCGUGCCCUUUGCGGUGGCCGACACUUGGUGGACAUCAGACUGGCGUGCGAGAUACACUUACCUGAAGACCGGCACUUCGCAAGAUGACGUCGCCGCGAAUAACGGCAUCGUGGAGUUCGACGGGCACCUGAUUGAUGGCAUCACCUACGAGCCCGAUGCCUUCAACGGCUUGCUGAUCAAGAUCUCGGAGCCGAUCACGGCGCCAAGCACCUGGAACUACGCGGAUCAGACCCUGGGUGGAACCUGGGUCAUAGGUGAGACCCGUUUCGACUGGGACGUCGAGCCCAAGUCCAGAACCUCUUGGAAGAAGAGCCACAUGCAGGCGAUCAGCAAGACGAGCUCCUAUGUGAUCAUUGUGGGCUUCACCUAUGGUGACAUGGAGGACUUCGGGACCAACCUCGGUGCCCCAAGCAUCUUUCACACCGCGGACUUCUCCGAUGCCGUCAUCAUGGCUUACGAUACAACCGGAACCCUUCAGUGGGGACGCCAAGUGGGUACCACCUCUAAUGACCACUUUGCUGCUGUGUCAGUCGGCCCAAGCAACGAGAUCUACGCGGCGGGGGCCACAGGUGGGGACGUGGCAGGAAAAGUUGGUUAUGACGAUAUCAUCAUCUACAAGUACUACCAAGAUGGGAGCCUUGCUGGGACCUACCAGUUUGGCACCGAUCAGAAUGACUAUGCCUACAGCUUGGCGCAGGCUGGCAGUGACUUCUACUUGUGUGGCAAGACCGAGGGCGCCUGGCCAUCGAAAAGCAACGCAGGCUCUUCGGAUGUUCUCGUGAUCAGGUUCAACAGCGCAGUCACAGAGGUCUGGUCUGCACAGCGAGGGAGCUCAGCAGCAGACGACUGCUCUGCCGUGGCGGUGAAUCACAACAGCGGGGAGGUUUUCGUCACCGGCAACACAUACGGGUCCAUCGAUGGUCAGACCCACUACGGCGGGAAGGACUUCUUCAUCAUGAAGUUCGACGCCUCCGGCAACUGGAAGUGGACGCGCCAGCAUGGCAGCAGCGGAGAUGAGAGUAUACAUGGGCUCUUGGUUUCCAUCGCUGCGAACCCUUAUCGCGUCCUGGUGGCAGGCACGAGCUCCUUUAGCUUCGACGGCGCCGCCACCCUCGGAUCGGGAGAUGCUUUCGUCGUGGAGUACACGGAUGUGGGGAACUCGGCAAGCCCAACCUAUGUCUCGACCACGUUUAUGGGGAGCGAUCGGAUUGAUCAGGGCAAAGGACUGAUCGAACGAUCAAGCGGCGACAUCUACUUGGUGGAUGCUGACAACAACCACAAGCACGCAGACAUCAACAUCCAUAACUCAGACAACGGUGUCUUCAACCAGCCAGACACUGACGACCUCGACGGCGACGUCGGUGACGAUUACCACAUCCACCGACACCUCUACUUCUCGCACAACAUCAACCAGCCUGACUUCGAGUUCUACGUCCAACAGCGUAACCACCAGUUCAACAACAUCAUCCACCUCCACAAGCCAAACCAUGACGACGUCUACCUCUUCCACCCAGACGCAGACAUCAAGCACAGACACUACAUCGACAAAGACUACAUCGACGGACACUACGUCGACGGGUACAAGCCUGACCUCAACAAGUUCGACCGUGACCUCAAGUUCAAGCAUUACGAUGACGACAACCAGCAGCACGACUUCUUCAAGCUCAACUACUUCCGCAACGUCAUCGACAAGCAGCAGCUCCUCGACAACGACAUCAUCCACCACCAUCACCAGCACAUCCGCCACGGCGACUUCGAGCAGCACUAUAUCCACGACGUCGUCCACACAAAGCAGCUCGACGACGACGACGUCCGUCAGCAGCAGCACCAGUGCAACCACGACGUCGUCUACACAAAGCAUGACCACGACGACGACAACUUCCAAGAGCAGCACCUCCACGACGACGUCCUCCAGCAGCAGCAGCAGUGCAACCACGACAUCGUCUACACAAAGCAGUACCACCACGACGACAACCUCCUGGAGCAGCACCUCGACUACGACGUCCUCCAGCAGCAGCAGCAGUGCAACCACGACGUCUUCUACACAAAGCAGCUCCACGACGACGACGUCCUCCAGCAGCAGCUCCAGUUCUUCAACAUCGAUCACGAACACAUCAACGACAAGCUCAACUACCACAUCGUACACAACCACCUCAACUACCACAUCGUUCACUACCACCACCACUCUCACGUCAACCUUGUCAUCAACCACAUCCUCGACCACAGCAUCUCUCACCGUAGUCAAGGUGUGGUAACCAGCGAUUGUUCGGGCAAGGUUUCGGGGGAGACGUGUUCGGUAACUUGCGACACUGGCUUUGAGGGGGGCCCGGCGCAGUACAGCUGCGCGUUCUCGGGCAUCUUCACGGGCCCGGCCCUUUCCUGCACGCCAGCUACCUGCUCAACCUCAUCCUUGCCACAAGACUUGGACAUCAGCGACUGCAGCAGCACCCAAACCGGCUCCUUCUGCUUCGUUCGCUGCCCCGCAGGCUUCGUGACGGCCGAGUCCAUCUUCACCUGCCAGGUCAGCGGCUUCUCCGGCACGGCUCCGACCUGCGUGCCGAUACAAUGCAGCGCGGACACCUUGCCGCAGGACCCGAGCCUGAAUGUCACGAGCUGCGUGGGGGUCACCGCUGGAAAUAGCUGCCAGGUGAGCUGCAAGUUCGGCUAUGACGGCCAAGCAGGAACCUACACUUGCCAAGGCACUGGCAGCUUUCAGCUUCAGGGCGCUCAGCCGAGCUGCGCGCGCAAGGAGUGCGCCGUGCCCAGCGCACUGUCAAGUGCCACCUUCACGACCGACUGCGCAGGGAAGCUGCACGGGCAGACCUGCAUGGCCACGUGCACGGCCGGGCACUCGGGAGCUCCCACAGAAUUCCUCUGCGACAAUGGCUUGCUGAUCGGCCAGACGCCCACGUGCACGGCUCUUCCGUGCCAGCUGACGGGAAUGUCCAUGGGACUUGGGCUCAACACCUCUGCCUGUGAGGGCACCACCACUGGGAGCAGUUGCACCUUGCAGUGCACCUUUGGACACCAGGGUGUCGGAGACCCUUCCAUGACUUGCCAGAGUGAUGGGACCUUCUCGCAGGGUAGCCCAACCUUCCAAUGUCAGGCGACCGUUUGUGCAAACCUCUCGGCCAUCGCUCCCUUCUCCUCCCCGGAGUUCGAGUCAACGUGUGAAGAGAAGAGCUUCGGCCAGACCUGCUCAGUUAGUUGCCGCACGGGCUGGGACUUGCAAGGCAACGCGAGCAUGAUGGUUUGCCACGACCCCAGCAGCGGCAGCGCCGGCUAUGUGCAGGCCAGCACCUUGCAGCCUGCCAGCUCCAAUGCACCGACCUGUGUGGCCAGAGAGUGCACCGCCAACCUGCCAAGCCUCCGAGGCAUUGUCCACGACUGCAGCGGCAAGACCACGCUGCAGAGCUGCACAGUCGGGGCUGGUUUAGGCUUCACUGCCCUUGGGGGCUCCACCACUCUCCAGUGCGCAACCGAUGGGGAGUUCAAAGGGCCUUUGCCCACAAUCGAAGCAGCCACUUGCCCAACUCCCUCUUUCGGCGCCGGUGUCGGGAGUACUUGUGAGAACAAGACCAUCGGGGCUGAGUGCUGGGCAUAUUGCCUAACAGGCUACACAGGCAGCUCGCAGCCCUACAACUGUGUGGCCAACAGCACCUUGGGGGUCGUCCGCGUGGAGCCGGUCGGUCAGGAAGUCCUAUGCAGUGCCAAUGCCGCCCGGCGAUUGACCGCUGCCUGUGGUACCUCGGCCGCGGACACCCUCGGCUUGAAUGGGGCAAAGUUCGAGCACAGCUGUGCCUCCAUGGCCCAUGCGGACGUGUGCAUCAGCCAUUGCAGCUUGGGAUGGGCCUUGACAAGCGACGCUUCUGUGAUGCUGUGCCAAGAUGGAGUCCUGGAUGGCAGUCUUCCCCAGUGUGACCCGGUGCCUUGCAACUACAACUUCCCAAGCAGCAUCGGGGUGGCGCACAACUGCAGCGGCGUCGCCACCGGCGGCACGUGUACGGCAACCUGCACAGUGGAGGGCUACAGCUACGCGUCCGGAUCCGAAAAUGCAGAAACCUUCGAAUGCCUCCCGACAGGGGAGUUUCAAGGGCAAACCCCAAGCUGCGUCCCAGCAGCAUGCCAGGACUUGGCUUUGGCAUCCCACUUCGAGCACCGUUGCCAAAACAUGGUCUAUGGAGAUUCCUGCAGCGUCGCUUGUGCUGAGGGCUUCUCCCUUGUGGGCUCGGCUGCCCAGUUUCAGUGUUCGGCCAGUGGCACAAUCAUGGGCACGGAGCCCGUGUGCGUUCCCAAGCAGUGCACCAACUCCGUCCCGGCGGCCGGCUUCGACUCCGAGGACUGCGACGGCACCACUACCGGCUCGACCUGCAACGUCACCUGCUCGCCUGGGAUGGUCCCCAACUCUGCACAGCUAACCUGCCAUGCCACGGGCGCCCUCAUCGGCUUGCUACCGAGCUGUGUCCCGGACGUUUGCCCUCUGGAUGCCUCGGUCCAGAAGCCGUCCCUUGCCAACAAUUGCCAGGAUGUGCCCUUCGGGCGGACGUGCUCCGUUUUCUGCGCCGAGGGGUACAAGCUGACCUCAGGGACACUUGGGGAGGUCUGGGAGUGCUUUCUCAUGAACAGCUCGCUCACCUUGUCGGGCACGCUGCCCAGUUGCGAGGCUCUCACUUGCCCCAUCGACCUGGCCUUCGGUGGGGCCCUUCAGGACAACUGCACGGACCUGCCUGUGGGUGGAUCCUGUACACAGACCUGCGGCCAGGGCUUCACUCCCGCGUCCGAGAAUUCUACCUUUGCCACCUUCACCUGUAUGCUUGACCUCAGCAUCAACGCAGGCCAACGGCCUGAGUGCCUGCCAGUGGAAUGCAACAGCACAGUCAGCAUUCCAAAUGUGGAGCACUCCUGCACGGGUGUCACCGCUGAUGGCACCUGCUUCGCCUUCUGCCGCAGUGGCUUCACCAGCGCAGCGGGCGCGGCGCAGUGGACCUGCGCAGGCCCGGGGAGCAGCGAGCCAGUUGUCGACAGCAAUCUUCCGGCCGUCGACGGCUAUGCUCUCACAGGAAGCGUUCCUGACUGCGUUCCUGACGUGUGCAAGUACAACAUCCCGGUGGGAGCAGAGUUUUCCCACAACUGCCACAACGUCUCGACGGAUGGCACUUGCGAGGUGAACUGCUCCUUCGGAUGGCUCGGUAGCCCUGGCACCCUCCUUUGUGGCCCCAACGGCGUCCUCUCCGGGGACCUCCCGAGCUGCGCCGCCACCACGGCAACCUUCACCACCACGGCCACGGCCACCACCAGCACCUACUGGGCCGGCACCGUGCUUCUCAGCGGCACCCUCGAGAUCCAGCUCAGCUCCUCGGGCUCGGGCCGGCGCCUGCAGAUCUCCGAGACCUUUGCACAGGACCCCCAAGCCCUGGAGGCCGUGCUCCAGGCCCUGGCGCAGGUGCUGGAUGUGGAGGUCGCCUCCCUGGAGCUCAGCCUCUCCGCCGAAGGCCCCUCCGUGCACGUGCAUUACACCGCCAGCCGGGCCUUCGGCUCAGAGGAUCUGGCCCUUCAGUGGGCGGAGACGGUCAAGAGCUCCAUGCAGUCUUCCUCUCUGGGACAGGUGAAGGCGGUGCUGAACCAGAACUUGGCAGGAACGGGCUUUCAAGUGGACUCGAUCGCGGCCUUUGAAGUCUCCAUCGCCGUCGCGGACGCUACGCCAGAAGCCGUGUCUGUUGCGGGCGGCCUGGGGCCCGGCGUGACAGUCCUCAUCAUCGCUGCCGGCCUGGCUGCUUUGGGGCUCAUGUGUGGUGCCACCCUUUUGGUCCGACGAAGCUACCAAAGGCCAGCAGCCCCGAAGCCUGCCCAAGCAGCUGCCGGGAAUGAGGCGAAGGCGAGUGAGGUGAGCCAGGAGGCGAAUAUUCGGGCUGCACCCGAGUCUCCAGAGUCUCCAGAGUCCCCAGAGUCUCCAGAGUCUCCAGAGUCAGAGCCUGACAAUCGGGUGAUGGAAGCUGAUCUCGGGGAGGUCUCCCCUUCAAGCUUCCCUUCGAAUGCCGACCUGGCAGAGCUUGGCUUAGCCUUCUUCGACGAGGACUCCGUCGUGAUCGAACUUGAGGAGGCGCCGGUGCGCGUCCACAGUGAGACCAUGAGCUUCUAA